GAACCUAACAAACUUCGUCGAAAUUCUAGAGCGUUCGGCUGCAUCUUUCGAAGCCGAAGCAUCUCAUCCUGUCGGCCUUGUGCCCUUCAUGUCGUCUUUUUCUUCCCUUCAAUUCGUCCAACUAUGAUUACAGAUUGAUUCUUGUAGUCAACUUAUCCGUCCAUCUGUCAUCGGUAGGUUUCUUUUCCAUUUCUUAUUUUUUUUUUUAACUUCUAUUUUAUCUGCCCUUUUCUUACCGUUUGCAUCCUGCGAAAUCUCUGAUGAUACACCAGCUGGCACCAGUCAUAGAGUGACUUGUACUCCCUUCAUUGAUGACCUAUAGCUGUAGUCCUUGAGACGAAUAUCUGAUCGACGUUGUUCCUCGCAUCGAGUCUUCUGAUUUGCCAUUCCUCACAAAGAAGAAACAAAUUGCUGACCAAUCUUGGCCCCAUUUAGCUUCUCAAACCGAAUCUAUACUUCGUUCGAAUUAUCCUCCCCCGUAUUCCACCAUGGUUCUUCACAACCCCAACAACUGGCAUUGGGUCAGUAAGAAUGCCAGCGAAUGGGCUAAGCAAUGGUUCGAGGAAAAUCUAACCAAAGUCUCGGCUGAAGAUGGAGAGGUCACCGCCAAGAUUAGUAAGGUUGUCAGCAUGGACGGUGAUGUUGACGUGAGCCAAAGAAAGGGCAAGGUUAUCACCAUCUACGACGUAAAGCUCGUCCUCGAAUAUUCUGGAUCUGCACAGGGAGAAGAGGGUGUAUCUGGUACAAUCACCGUGCCCGAAGUUGCCCACGAUACCGAGCAAGAUGAAUUCGUUUUCGACAUAGACAUUUACUCGGAAUCGAAGGAAAAGCAGCCCGUAAAAGACCUAGUCCGAUCCAAAAUCACGCCACAGCUGCGACAGGAAUUCUCAAAGCUUACCCCAGCUUUGAUUGCCGAACAUGGCAAGGAUAUUCAACACGCUGCUGGCUCGAACCCAUCAAGUGGUUUCAGCACACCAAAGUAUCACGUACCAAGCAGCACCGCUGCGGCGAAGACCGACGCUAGCACCACCCAGAAGAACGGCGAUAGCGUUGUUAACACUACGACUGUGACUGACCAAGAAGAAUUCCGAACCACCGCCGCUGAAUUAUACCAGACCUUUACCGAUCCUCAACGACUAGCUGCGUUCACCCGUGCCCCACCGAAGAGAUUUGAUGGCGCUAAGAAGGGUGGCAAGUUUGAGUUAUUCGGCGGUAACGUCUCCGGCGAAUACGAAGAACUUGAAGAGCCCACCAAGAUCGUCCAGAGCUGGAGACUUAACCAAUGGCCAGCAGGUCACCACUCCAAGCAGGUGAUUGAGUUCGACCAGAACGACGUGGACAGCGUGACCGUGAUGAGAGUGACUUGGACUGGCGUUCCCGUAGGCCAGGAAGAAGUAACCAAGCGUAAUUGGGAAGAAUAUUACGUGAGGAGCAUCAAGAAGACUUUCGGAUUCGGAACGAUCCUAUAAGAAGUUCAUCCCUAUUAGCCAACGGCGUUGUCUGGUUCAAUGGCGUAACUGGUAAGAGGUACAAUCAACCCUCGCGGGCGAUUGUUUGGCCAUUUUUAUAAAACCAUAGAGUCGUAAGGUAGAGAGGACCAGGUUCUAAUUCCUCAUAUUAGACACCUUGCAUAGUAAAAAGUGCAUUAAGAAGUCACAAUGAUAGAUGAUUAUUUAAUGAUAUACUUGGUCGUCGCUCAUCUUUUUGUUCGACGCCCCAAUAA